CUUAUCUGGUGAAGAAGACAGCGAUGAAGAUGAAAACAGUGAUGACAAUAACGAUGAUGAUAAUGAUGAUGAUGAUGAUGAUGAUGAUGGAUCGGUAGUCUUUAGAAAUCGUCGUCGUAUGAAGACAGCAAAACAACGACAUCAUUGGGAUGAUGAUGAUGAAGAUGAUCACAAAUCGAACAAGAUAAUAACAAAACCAGUUCCUGAACCUGUCAAUUCUAUUGCCAAGUUUUUCAGUCAUCGCACCGAUACAUCCAUUCAAGCUGAAAAUGAUGAAACAAAUGAUGGACCACGAACAUUGACCAGAUUGAUGCAACGGACUCUGAUUGAAGAUGAUGAAAAAGAAGAAGAAGAAAAUCACGAGGAGACAGACGAAGAAGAUGAUGAAGAAGAAGAAGAAGAUCACGAGGAGACAGAAGAUAUCGACGCAUCGGCAACAGAAGACUCAACUCCGAAGCAAACCAUCCAUAGGAAAAAGGAACGAAAUGAUUAUGUGGAAGAAGAAGCGGAAGAAGAAGAAGAUGAAUAUUAUGGUUUGGGUGGACCAGAUAUUGCAGAAACGGAAGAUUUGGAUCAAUAUGAAGAUGAUGAUAUGUUAGUAGCUGAUAAUUAUGAAAAAGUGGAUAAUCUUGAACUUCAAGCAGAAUAUCAUAAAAAAAUGUUAGAAUCUGAUCAACAUGAAGUAGAAAGAUUGAUCAAAGAUGUCACAAGUGGUGGAUUAAGAAGAAAACGUGGAGCAGCAGCAGCAGGAUUACUUUUGGAUGAUUAUGAUCUUCAUGAUGAUUACGAUCAAGAUGAUUUGGUGGCUUUACGUCUUCUUGCCAAUCGACGUAAAAAGACAAUGAUGAAAGGAGGUGAUCCUAUGCAACACUUGGCUUCUGAUCCUAAAACUGUUGCCUUUGCAAAAGCAGCCUUGCCAGCGCCUGGUACUUUGGAUCUCAGUGAUGAUGAUGAAGAAGAAGAGGAAGAAGAAGAAGAACAACAACAAGAAGAUCAUGUGGCUGCUAACAACAUGAAAGAAACAACCGAUGAUGAUGAUAUUCUACCAAGUCCUUCCAUCCAUUUGGUCAUAGGUGAUACUACACAAGUUUGGACAUCUGACAAAAAAACAAUAUCUUAGUAUAUUCCCUUUAUUAGUUGUAUUGUAUACUUAUC